GCGGCGAGAAAGUCUAGUCAUGAUGGCUUGUGUUUUCAUUCGGUGUGUUUUGACUGUAGUAUAGGUGUUGUGGAGGUAUUUCUCCUGCUGUAGUGCACUCAUCUUUAUGUGUGGUCUCGGCUGUGUGUCAUAAUCUGAUUGUCUGUGUUGUCGUGCUGAAAUGAGUGAUGUUGUGGAGAAAACUCUCACAGCUCUGCCGGGUUUAUUUGAUUCUCAAACUGGAGCUGCUAAAAUCACCAACAGAUUAAGACAACUCAUCAAGAGCAUCACAGAACUCACAUCUAAACAUGAGGAGGAGAACCUCAUCAAAAAGGAGCUGUCUGCCAUGAAAGAGCAGGUUUCAUCUCCCAACACCACCAUGAAGCAGAUGAGAGAGAUCAUGGUGCGAGCCAUGUACUGUGAGAUGCUGGGCUACGACGCCUCCUUCACCUACAUUCACGCCAUCAAACUGGCCCAGCAGGGCAGCGUGCUGGAGAAGAGAGUGGGGUACCUUGCAGUGUCUCUUUUCCUUAAUGAAGGCCAUGAAUUGUUGUUGCUGCUGGUAAACACAGUAUUAAAGGAUCUUCAGAGCACUAACCUCAUUGAAGCGUGCAUGGCGUUGACUGUUGUAGCUCAGGUGUUUCCCAAAGACAUGAUACCUGCUGUCCUUCCUCUGGUAGAAGACAAGCUGUCACAUCCAAAGGAGAUAAUUCGGAGGAAAGCUGUCCUGGCAUUGUAUAAGUUUUAUCUUAUCGCUCCAAAUCAAGUCCAGCACAUUCAUGCCAAGUUUCGAAAGGCCUUGUGCGACAAAGAUCCGGGUGUCAUGACAUCUUCCUUACAUAUUUACCUACAGCUGAUCAGGGAGAGUCCAGACAGCUAUAAGGACCUGACGGGUAGUUUCGUCACCAUCCUGAAGCAGGUGGUGGGUGGGAAACUCCCGGUGGAUUUUAACUAUCACAGUGUUCCUGCGCCGUGGCUGCAGAUCCAGCUGCUCAGGAUCCUCUCACUGCUCGGGAAAGAGGACCAAAGCACCAGUGAGCUGAUGUAUGAAGUUCUGGAUGAGUCUCUGCGCCGAGCGGAAAUGAACCACAACAUCACUUACGCAAUCCUGUUUGAGUGUGUGAAGACUGUCUACACCAUACACCCCAAAGCUGAGCUGCUGGAAAAAGCUGCGAGAUGCAUUGGGAAUUUUGUUCUGUCUCCGAAGAUCAACCUCAAAUAUCUUGGUUUGAAAGCCUUGACGUAUGUCGUCCAGCACGAUGCUAAACUCGCCCUGCAGCAUCAGAUGACCAUUAUUGAGUGUUUGGAUCACUCAGAUUUCACUAUUAAGAGAGAGACUCUUGAAUUGCUAUUCAGGAUCACAAAUGCUCAGAAUGUGACCGUGAUCGUUGAGAAGAUGCUGAACUUCCUGCGCAGUUGCAACGACGAGCACACCAUCAUCCAUCUGGUUGGGAAAGUCGCAGAGCUCGCUGAAAAGUUUGCUCCAGAUAACUCGUGGUUCAUUCAGACAAUGAAUGAUGUUUUUUCCAUCGGUGGAGAUUUGCUGCAACAGGACGUCCCAAACAACUUCCUGCGACUGCUGGCGGAGGGCUCUGAGUCUAAAGAGGAAGAUGAUCAGUUGCGGCUUUAUGCUGUCGACUCGUAUCUGACUGUGCUGAAGGGACACACUUCUCAUCUGCCUCAGUGCUUCUUACAGGUCAUGAGCUGGGUGCUUGGAGAAUACGCUCACCUCCAAGAGUCCAUGGACCAGCGCGAGGUCACCCGGCUCCUGACGCAGCUGCUGGAUCAGAGGAGCGUGAGCUCGGAGACACGGGUCUGGAUUCUUUCUGCGCUGACCAAGAUCUUUGAGGGCCAGACAGACUUGAUCCUGGACCUGGCUGAGAGUCUUUCAUCCUCGCAGGACACGGUGCUCCGUCAGCAGGCCCAGGAGCUGCGUCACUUCAGCCAGGACUCACAGCUCCAUGAGUGGGUCCUGCCCCGUGGAGCACCCUGGGACGGCAUAGAGGUUGAUUCAUCUCUGUCAUUUCUGGACGGGUUUGUGUCUGAGGCUUUGGCUGCAGGAGCCGCACCAUAUAAACCCCCUCAUCAGAGACAGGAAGAGCUAUGUGAGGACAGAGCAUUGAAUCUGGAGCCGUACAGUUUUUCUCUGCCUGUAAGUUUAUCAUCAUGUAGCAUCACUGACAGACAAUCUCCCACACUACUGUCCGUCAGUUCAGGACUCUCAGGAAACAGCACUGAACUCUCUCAGAAGGCAGGCUCCAGCACUCUGAUUCUUGAGGGUGUAAAGAGAGUUUGGGGGAAAGAUGGGUAUCUUCCACAAAAAGAAGCAACAGCACCUCUGGUGGACGAACCCAGCGCUGCAGUUCAGCCCCCCAGCCAACAGGAGGCAGCAGAGAGAACAGAGCCACAGCCGGAGCCCUCAACGCAAAACCAGGACAAACAGCAGCUGGCUUCCUCCUUGUUUGUUGGUUUGGGAGUCGGGAGCUCCAUGUCUCUGCUGGGGAAAUCUGAAGCCCCGCCCCCUCGCUUUAGAAAAAAGCCCCGCCCACAUGAGUCAUCAUCAUCGUCAUCAUCAGGCACCAGCGAGAGGUCUUCCGACUCCUCCUCUCGCUCUUCACGUAAUACGACUGACAGCUUCCUGUAUGGCAGUUUGCUGGAGGAGGAGCCAGCCACGUCCAUAUCUGCUUUUGACCACACCCCCAAAUCCACCACAGCCAAUGGCCUGGCUCAGAACAAAGACACUAAAGAAGACAGACACGCAAACACGUCUCAGAUACUAGGUGGCGAUAUGGUUAUAGUGCGGCCCAACACGAUCCAGGACAAACAUCCUCCACCCGUGUCUUCAGAUCUGACCGCGCUGUUACCCACUGACCUCAAAGACCUACCUCACUCUGAUGUCAUCAGCCUGACCUCUGACCCCAGCCUGUCUCUGUCCUCCUGCCGCCUGUUCAGAGAUGAAGCUUUGCUGCUUGUGAUCUUCAUAUCCAACUGCACGGAAACUGUAAUAAAAGAUGUUGCGGUGCAGCUGAGCUGUGAGGAGCUGGAGACGGCAAGUUUGAGAGGGAACGUCGUGGACUGUCUGGAGGCCAGGAGUACAUCUGUGUGUCAUUAUGCUCUGCUGAUGGACGACCCUCACACUAACGUGUCCUUUACCGGGACCGUGUCUUAUCAAACACAACCGGGACACACAAACACACUCCCUUUCUCUGGGACACUGUCCACAGCAGACUUCAUCAGGCCUUUGGUUGUAACCACAGAGGAAUAUGGGAAACUCUGGCUGUCUCUGUCUCAUGAUGUCAAACAGAAUCUGAAACUGCUCACAGAUGCCGGUGACCCGCUCAGAACCACCCUGAAUGCUCUCAAAGACGCCCUAAAGCUACAUGUAGUGGACAUCAUCGGCUCAGAGGGAAUCGUAGCAUGUCGUCUGCUCAGCGGCGCCCCCUGUCUCCUGCACUGCAGAGUGAACGGCGCUGCUCUGGCCAUGUGGCUGCGCUCUCCUCAUCCUGCUCUCCCAGACUGCAUCCUGUACCACUGCCAGAGAGCGCUCGCACAACACUGAAGACCCACAAACCCCCUGCUGAAACUCCCAGGGAAGCUCCUUGACAAAAUGAUUUCAUGCAAUGACUGUUUGAAAGCAGUACCUGUGUAUUGCUUGUCUUAUGCCCUGACUAAUCAUUUUAAUGAUAUAUAUUUUUUGUACACAGUUACUGAGCUGCAUUGUGUCACACUUACAGUAAAAAGUAUUUAUUGAUUUUAAA